CACAAGCAUUACGGACAGACACAGAGGGGCAGAGAGGCUAUUCGCUUUUGACGACUCACAUUCACCAGUUAACAAAUUCAGUCAGUUCUAUUUUACUGCCAUGGUGGAAUGGUACAAAGCUCCUGUAAGAGAGACUUUUCCUUUAAGUUUUUAUGCUUUGAAAUGUGUGAUUUAGUGUUAUUUUUAGUAAAAUUACACACGUCUUUGUUUGUUUUAUAGAGACAGGGAAUGAAACUGCUCUCCUGAGGAUCUUUCUUCUACAAAAGAGCAGGACUUGUUUCUGAGAGGACAGUGUCUGGAGCAGGACUUGUCUUAGAGGACAGUAUCUGGAGCAGGACUUGUUUCUGAGAGGACAGUGUCUGGAGCAGGAUUUGUCUGAGAGGACAGUGUCUGGAGCAGGACUUGUCUGAGAGGACAGUGUCUGGAGCAGGAUUUGUCUGAGAGGACAGUGUCUGGAGCAGGACUUGUCUUAGAGGACAGUAUCUGGAGCAGGACUUGUUUCUGAGAGGACAGUGUCUGGAGCAGGACUUGUUUCUGAGAGGACAGUGUCUGGAGCAGGACUUGUCUGAGAGGACAGUGUCUGGAGCAGGAUUUGUCUGAGAGGACAGUGUCUGGAGCAGGACUUGUUUCUGAGAGGACAGUGUCUGGAGCAGGAUUUGUCUGAGAGGACAGUAUCUGGAGCAGGUCUUGUCUGAGAGGACAGUGUCUGGAGCAGGACUUGUCUGAGAGGACAGUAUCUGGAGCAGGACUUGUCUGAGAGGACAGUAUCUGGAGCAGGAUUUGUCUGAGAGGACAGUAUCUAACUGUUAUUCCUUAGUGUUUUAAGAAGCAGCAGGAUUUUAGUCAUGAAGGAUAUUGCUCUAUCGCUACUGAGUCGAGGCUGCGGUCAUGUUGUCCAGUCACAGCUGGGCAGUCAAGAUGGACGCCUGGAAGUCUACUUCGAACCUAAGGACUACUACGAUUGGAAGUCUCAGCCCUCACUGCUCCGCUUAUCUAAGAGUGGCCGUCUGCUGGGCGGCGUGGAGACAGGGCUUCCUAAAACCUACAGCACGAGACAGGGACCUCUCUUCCUGUACUACCAGGAAAUGGCCAUGACGUCAUCGUUUCUGUCAUCGUGCCCCUCGGGGUCAGAGGAAAUCAGGAAGAGGCAGGUCUCCCAACAUUCCAGACAGGAAGUGGAGCUCCAGCUGAACACUCUGCGGGACCUGACGGGAGCCAUACUGGCUUAUGGGAAAAAGCAGCUUCGUGAGGAAGAAGAAGGCAAAGACACCCACCAGCCUGUCCUCCCCCUCCCCUCCAGUCAUGAGACCUACUAUCCUCCCAUCAAGCCCUCCUACCCCAGACACCCCACCAAGGGUUGGAAGCGCCAGGUAGCGCCCACCCACCUGGAGCAGCUUACAGAUGAUCCAGAGCUGUGUAGGGGCCAUGUCAAGACCCCAUGCCCCACUCCAGCUACAGGUGGCCUUUGCAUCCCCAGGUCUGGCCAGGCACUAUCCCACAAUCCCUACAGGCAACCUCAAGUUCCUUUACCACCUAUACCAGAGGUGAUCUGCUACACAAGAGACAUGUCUCAUCCAGCAUCAGGUUUGGAGCAGCAGGAGUCUCUUUGGCGGGUAGAGAGUACAAGACAGCUCCCUGGAGAUCCACCUCAUGGACAGGCUGCACAUCAGGAGGUUGGGAGUCCUGUGUUGAUAUACCCUGACGACAGUGUGAAAGACUGUGAGGAGGUUGGAGGAGAGAGAUCCUGGCCUCUACAAGGAGGAGAGAGACCCUGCCUUCUACAGAGAGGAGAGAGGCCCUGGCCUCUACCGAGAGGAGAGAGACCCUGCUCUCUACAGAGAGGAGAGAGGCCCUGGCCUCUACAGAGAGGAGAGAGACCCUGGCCUCUACAGGGAGGAGAGAGGCCCUGGCCUCUACAGGGAGGAGAGAGGCCCUGGCCUCUACAGAGAGGAGAGAGACCCUGGCCUCUACAGGGAGGAGAGAGGCCCUGGCCUCUACCGAAAGGAGAGAGACCCUGCCCUCUGAAGACGGCCUCAGUAGAUUCCUCCUGGAGAAGCUGCCAGCUAUCACACAUCAACUACUAUGGUGGUUACCUGGGUGGGGCCCAGCAGGGACGGACACUGAAACAAGGUAAUGCAGACACAAAAAAGGACAACACAUCCUCGGACCCCAGCUUCUCCAGAUUUCAUCUCCCUCCCCUUUUCUCUGGCUCAGUGGUCAGUCUGGACCAGGACAGGGACCAGGACAGUAGUGGGAGGAAACCAAGGAGUCCAGGUGGGCUGGGGGGGAAGUUCCUGCCACUCAUACAUGAGGCGUAUGUCAGCCCUGAGGAUCCAGCCCAGACCCAGCCAGAGAGGUUGACCCAGACCUAUCCUGUUCAUCCAGCCCACACCCUCCUAGAGCCCCGAGCCCAUCCAGAGGGUACCCAUCCAGAGAGAGCUCACCCGGAGAAGCCAGGGCCCAGGAGGCUGCUGCUGUCAGUGCUAUUACCCCUUGAACAUACAGACGAGGAGGAGGUGCAGACUCCCUGUGUUGGUGUCCACUACAAGCCAUCAGAGGAGGAGAGAGGGGAGCCUCACUGUGGAGAGAUGGGACACAAAAGAGAGAGCACGAGAAGAGAAGGACGAGGAGGAGGAGCAGGAGGACGAGGAGGAGGAGGAGGAGGAGGAGGAGGAGGAGCAGGAGGACGAGGAGGAGGAGGAGGAGGUCUCCUUGAGAAAGGAUCUAAGCAGACCGGGCCUGAGCAGAACGGUCUCUCGCUAUUACAGCCUGGGGAAGAGGCCGCUGUCCCCCUAGCUGUAUUUGCCCCCCUGGCUGCCCCCCUGGCUGGUCGGCUGAGAGGCCCAGGCAAACAGAGCUCCAUGGCCAUCUACAAAGACAGAUCUGUUGCCCUCUGGGACCCCUCCGAUGCUGGGAGGGCCAUGGUCAGAGGCAGCCUACCCCUGGAGCUCAGAGAGUGGCAGCAGCAGACAGGCAAAUCUCUGGGCACCUUGAUCUUGGGUCCUGAUGGUGAGGUUAUACAGAUGUCCCCGUGGGAACCUACUAAUAUGUCUGCCGACCAGCCUGCUCUUACCUCUGCUCUGGACCAGGUCACACGAGACCAUGCUCUCCAGGUCCUAACCUCCGAGGGGGAGCUACCCUGGGUCGUACUGAUGCAAACACAGCCUAUAGCCACAGGGGAAGCCAGUCGUCCAGAAGGACCCCCAACCAACAUGGAACAAUGUGAAUUAGUCCAAGCGGUGGGAUCUGAUGGACAAACUGUCCUGUCUGGUGACCAGAGACACAGACAGGAACCUGAGUUUUCCAGCAACAGAAGUACAGGGAAACAGCUGCACCCAGACACUCAGAGACCAGGAGGAAGACAUAAAGACACGGCUGUGAGCUACAGCCUCCGCAGUGGGACAGCACCAGUGGAGAUUCCAAGACAGGAGGAAGGGAAGGCGGCACGGGAAGGAAAGGAGGUGAGGAGGGAGGAAGCUGAGGAGAAGUCUACAAGAAGGAAGAGGAGCCAGAAUCGGGAUCAGCCAGGUACACAGAUGAGCGGGGUAUCCUCCUUACCUACCACAGAAGAAGAAGAGACCCAAAACAUCAGCCCCCACAAAUCUUCACAGCCCCUCCCCACAGGCCACUCUACAGCACGGGACCUCUCUCAGAAGAGAACUCCCAAACACUCAGAGGGACCCCUCACACCCAGUGGCAGGAAAGGAGGCCAUUUUAAGAAAACCAACGUGACAGUAGAUGAACAGAACCCACAGCAGGUGGAGGGACAGACACAGGAAACAGGUGAACAAACCAGCAGAGAGAAGCUGGAGGACACAUUGAAUAAAGAGGUGGAUUCCCAGGACUCUCCUACUGUACAGAAAACGACAAAGAGAAAAGUGAAUGAAGGACAGGAGCAGAAGCAGGAAGUCCUCUCCAAGGAGGAGCAGAAGCAGGAAGUCCUCUCCAAGGAGGAGCAGAAGCAGGAAGUCCUCUCCAAGGAGGAGCAGAAGCAGGAAGUCCUCUCCAAGGAGGAGCAGAAGCAGAAAGUCCUCUCCAAGGAGGAGCAGAAGCAGGAAGUCCUCUCCAAGGAGGAGCAGAAGCAGAAAGUCCUCUCCAAGGAGUCGGGGAAGGUCUUGAGGAAGAGAAAAAAGGACCGGGUCAAAAGUCAAGCUGAGUUUGUUGUCGGAAAACCUAAAGGCCAUGUGGCCGUGGAGAUCGUGGAGAGGACGAACAAGACCAAAGAGACCAAAGGCUUAUCUGAGACGUCUCCGUCUGCUUCUGAUGGAGACGUCAAGGACACUGAGGACGAUAGUGCUGCACUCAACACACAUGACGAGGACCUCGUCCAAUCCCCUCACAGCUCUGUAAACAGGAGCUCCUCAUCCAAUGGGCAGUCAGGUCAGAGUUCACACAGAUCUAACUCCUGUGAGGACGAGGUUUUACCGUGCGGACAACGACGGUCCUCUCAUGACCAACUGUCAUCCUGCUCGGUUGUCAUGACAGCAGAAACCCAACCGUUAAACCUGGUCAUAUCUGAAGACAGCAUCAGUACUGACAAGAACAGAGGAGAGGCUGCAGCCCAUAUGGAGCAACAGAAGAACGUGUUGGCUGAGAAGGCAGAGCGUCGCCGACUAGAGGUGGAGAGGAAGAGGAAGGAGAGAGAGGAGGAGAGGAGGAGGCAGCAGGAGCGGGAGGAGAGAGAGGAGUGCAUGAGGCUGGAGCUGGAAGAGGAGCAGAAUCAGAGAGCUGAGGAACUCAGGCUGAGGAGGCUGGCUGAGGAGGAAGAGAGACAAAGGUUAGAGGAGAAAGAGACUGAGAGGAUAAGAAGGGAGCAGGCGGAGAAAGAGAGGGAGUGGAGGAAGAAGGAGGAGAAGAGACGACAGUUGGAGAUGAUUCAGAAGAUCAGACAGGAGGAGGAGGAACGCAGGGCAGCUGAGCUGGAGCUGCAGCGACUAGAGGAGGCGGUGAGUAAAGAAGAGGAGAGGAGGAGGCUGGCAGCGAUGGAGGACCAUGAGAAGAGAGAGUACCUGCAGAAACAGGAGGAGGAGGAAGAGGAGAGGAAGAAGGCAGUGGAGGAGAGAAAACGCAGAGAGGAGGCGGCAACGCAGUGGGCAGAAGAAGAGGCACGACUACAAGCUGAACUGUUUGCCAGGCAGAGGGCUAUGCUAGAGCAGCAGCUGCAGUUCCGACGAGGCCUGCUGACGGAGGCCGGGGCUCUGGGACAGACUCAGGACAUCUCUCGAGCUUGGGUCUACUCUUACUUCCAGCUCAUACAACUACUGGGGCUGGCUGAGGACCCCACAGCACAGGAAGACUCACCCAAAGACAUGUCCUAGAUUUUAAGGGGAAAACUAGGGGAUGUGGCUGACCAGCAAACCAAUGUUGAAUUUUCAAACUGGUUAUGGUUAAGGUUAAGGUAAGGGUAAGUUUAGGUCGGGCUGUAAAUGGGAUGCUAGUCAGUCGCGUCCUUGAGUCACGUCCC